AAGCUUAUCGGCCUCAGUGCAUCCUCUGCCCGCGAGCGACUCCACACUCCCCAGUCCGACGUAGCAUACCGAAGUGCCAUACCCAAUACAAAAUUCUUCUCAUUGUGGGAAUUUAAAGAAAAAGAAAAAAAGAAAUUCACUCUGGAAACCAACUUUUGGAAAGAUGGAAGAUACUUUUCUUUCCUAACAAGAGCUAAAACAAGCGUAGGAGAAUCGGUCUUUUAACGAGAAAAGAAAAAAAAACAACCACCUGUUCUUCCUCCUCGUCAGCCCUUGUUCUUGUUCCUCCAUGGCCGCCGGCUGGAGGAAGACCACGGCGACGGUGCUCCUCGUCGUGGGCUUCUUGGCGAGGGCGUGUCCUGUGUCCGCUGGCUUCGAAAAGGCUAAGUCGUGUCCAGAUGGAACGAAAACACAAAUGGAUUUCUCAGCAGUACAGAGAGCGUGGCUUCAGACUGGAAGCCUUUCAGUUACCUUGUUGGACGGCAAAGAUGGAUGCCUGCUCGAGAAAGAUGCAUUGUUCAAGACCAGGGUGAAGGGAGGGCAUCUCGUCGUGAGAAAAGAAACGAAACCGAGGGAGAAAGUGUGUGAGGUGGCCGUUACCGAAGUCCCAGCUCCUAGAAACCAGCUGUUCGUCUCCUGUGUAGAAGACAAGCUGGCAGCCUUGGAGGAACUCAAUGCUCUCAUGGGCGCCGCCAAUACUACCUUACCGAGCCGGAGAAUCGGUCGCACGAUGGGCGGCUUCACCCCAACUACGUCCAAGUCUUCGUCAGGGCUUCCGAAGGGGACAGAGCAGGACGAAGGUGCCCUGACGACAUUGGAGAUCAAGCUGCCACCGACGAUCUCUCCGACCGAGCCAAAGCCUAUAACGAAGAAGUAUGCGUCAACCGAAACCGUUUUAUCGACCGUGAAAAUUGUUCCAACUUCAACUGUACUGUCGACUGAAAUAAAAGUAACACAUUUGCCAACACUCAUGGCAACGGUGACAGUGCCACCAUUAAGCACAGCCGUUCCAUCAAUAACGCUUACGCCAACAACCGAAAGAAAAACAGUCACAACGCCUCCGCCAACUACCAAUACACCAUCCACUCGGAUUCCACCUACAGCCACCGAGGCAGCAUCCACUCCGCCUCCACCUACUACCACCGAGGAAGCAGCCACACCGCCUCCACCUACUACCACCAAGGAAGCAGCCACACCGCCUCCACCUACUACCACCGAGGAACCACCAACGACGCAACCACCAACCAAAUCAGAACGACCAACCGAACACCCUCUACCAGCGUCCUCAGAGGCAUCGAAGCCAGCAGUCACGGCCUUGGCGACGGCGAAAUCUCCGCUGCUGGAGAAAGACGCAGAAAGGAUCGGCGCGAGAUCCGGGACUCCCAGCCCAGAACCCACCCAUGCGGAAUCGAAAGAUUGGAUGACACUACUGGGGGGAAAUCUGCCGUACGUCAUCGGCGGCGCUGUGGGUGUCUUAGUCCUCAUUCUACUUAUCAUCGUCCUCGUGGCUCUCUCGAAGCGCCGCAAGAAGGUGAGCCGAGAGGACCCGAUCGUCCUCGGCAGCACCAACUACAGGAGGCAGCAAGAUGACUUAGACAACCACGACCAGGACCACGUGAAUAUCAUGAUGUACUCUGCCGAUGAACCGGAGGAGGAGCCCCACAAGAACGACCUCGAGGAGAGGAUCCUGAAGCCUCCUGGCGGGACGUCCUCCACUCCAGCCACACCCAGGUGCCUCCGGGACAAGAAUUUCGACUAGAAAUGCAAGCAGACUGCGUUUGAGUUUAACAAGCGGGAUGAUGGAUAUUUAUGGUACUAUAAGGGAUGUGACGACGUUAUAAAGACGUUAUGAUAAUGAUGUGGCAAGCGUAUUGUGGUGAUGAUGACACCGCGGACCACAGAACCAUUGAACCAAAGAGUGUUGUAAUGUACAGAGGUAAUGUUAGUGUUAACUGAUUCUGUGAUACCCUUUCCCCCCACAUAUCAGUAUCAUUCCAGUGCUUUAACGAUUUAUGAUUUCAUAUAUACCCAAGUAAGGACCUUUUUCUGUAUCAUCUGCGCGUUAUAAAUAUGAUUGUUCAUUUGUAUAGAAUUAAUAAACGCUUAUAAGAAGA